UACUUUCAAGGAAAACUAUAGCAGACCUGAUCGUUUAAGCAGUUUUUGAGGUUUUGCAAAAAGUUUAUUUCGACGUACGGGUAACUUCGGAACCCUACGCUGAUAGCAUGGCCCGAAAUGCUCUGGGUAGGUUUGUUUAUUAUUGAUCGCCUGGAGACUAAGCUUGCUUAUUCUAAACUAAAAAUUUGAGUUUAGAUGAACAACUACGCAAAAACGACGUUUACUUUAACAGUCUAUUUUUUUGUCUUUAUUACCUUAAACACCCUUUCAUUCAUUCAUACUUUCUUUUAAAAUUAUAUCUUCAGUCUAGUGUGACUAUUUCGCCACUAUCAAGGUAUUAGGAGCUUUAAAUAAAACUAAAAUUGUACGGUUAGUACAAGACAGUGAAAGUGAUUUUAUCAGCUCUUGUAAAGCGACAGCUGGACUUUACAAAUAACACGUGGACUACCGGCCGUUGACUCCAAAAUGGUGGUUAACCAAGAUUAAUUCUCCAUUAACUGCAAACUAUCAAAUUAGUUAUCUGUAUAAUAAGCUAUCGAUAUUACACUUUAAAAAAUAUGAUAGAGCAAAAAACAAAGCAAUUAAUCACGACGCGUGACUAUCAAAAUGGCGCUCGAACCGGAAGUUCCUUAAACAUCGUGUAGCUCCUAAAGUAUUGAUCGUAGAGUAAAAAUGAUUAUGGAGCAAAAAUCUGAAAAAGAUACCCCGCCAAAGUUAACCAUCUGUUCUUACGACGCUACGAACAAAAUGUUAUUUAUGUCACCAACAACAACAUAGGCCCAACAUUGCCAUUUCAAUUUACUUAUUUACUGUACGAGUAACAAAGUAAUUUAACUUCGUUCAGUAACUUUUCAUAAACAGCACCUUAGGUCGCGUUACGCUACGACAAUAACUUUUUGACAACUGACAGCAAACGGCGAUAGGGAGGGUGCAUGAACUGUAGGAGGCAGCACAGGAGCCGUCAGAUUUUUGGCGCGAGGCGUAAAUGUGAUGUUUAUUGUUCCGAUGUCGCCCAAAAGAUGGCAGAACCUACUAUGCGCAAGAAAACACGUGACGUGUAAAUGUACAUGUUUAUGGUUCCGAUUCAGGCCACAAGAUGGCAGACCCUCCAACGCGCACGGUCCCUAUUGCAAUUGCAAUCGAUUGGAUCAGAAUGAGUUUGCGUAAAGUUUUUUUAUUAGUUAUGGAUCUACCGCUUACCUCAGGCGAUUGGUAAAUAAAGAAGUUACACUGAUUUUCUUGUAGGUAGGUAGUUGAGCAUUGGCUAAGCGUAAGCGUAAGCGUUUUCGUCUAUUCUUACAAAACAACUAUUUAUUUAUUAACCAACUCACUUAUUAGGUCAAAAGUUAUGUCACAAAGAUUUUUACUGAUUUGAUCCCUACUUUUUACAUAAUUGAAUCUUACAUAAAACAAACACUGGAUGGAAUAAAAUAAAUAAUUCAUGUGUAUUGGACUGCCAAAAUUGCAGCUGUACGUGUUUUACCAAACCAACCAAACCUACUCGUUGGAUGGUUGUCAAAAAUAUGCGUGUCACUGAAAAGUUAGGGUAAAUAGCUGAAGUACAGACUUGUCGGCGAACUAAAUGCUGGUAAUAAAAUAAUUUUCUAAUAAAAAGGUUCAUACAAAUAUACAAUUAAGUGCAACAUACACAGAGGACUGGUGCAAAAACGUCAUUGUGCUAGUAUUGGGAACUACAAAUAGAUGUGUAAUGCGAGGCUGGAGAGUAGCUCGAACAAAUGGUGAUACUACAUAACGUUAAACUCCAUUUGGGUAUGCACACAUAUUAUACUCGUAAGCUCUCUAUGAUCAGGAACCAUAUGUUACUACCGCCAUUGCAGCUUUGAUCACAAUGUUUGCAAUUUUGAAUAAAACGCCAUCUAGACUGAUAUUAGAAUUGAAGUUAAUCAACUUCCUUUGUUUUUUUUUUAAUGACAGUAAUGACAGAGAUAGAAAGAUCUUAAGUAAAAAGGUACAUUCUAUUAGGUGUAGGUUCCUGUAUUGUUUUACCCAGGAAGUAUCACACACUAUCAGAUUCAAGUACAAAAACUAUCAAAUAUACAUAAUACAAUACUCUUUAUGGCACACCUCAAUAAAAGAAAACUGUAAAAAUCAUCGUCAUCAUAAUUUUUAACCUCCAGUCGCCCACUGUUGUGCAUAGGCCUCUCUUUGUGUACGCCACUCAUUCCGGUCUUGGGCUAGUCGCAUCUAGAAGCGUCUCGCACCUUGGUGCGGCGUCGGAUCUCGACAUUCCUCACUCGGUCUUGAAGUUUAAUGCCGAGCAUGGCGUGCUCCAUGGCUCUAAAAAUCACAAACUAAAAAGAUGCUAAAAAGUAGGGGUAAUACCAUCGGCGGUCUUAUCACUAAAUAUUGUGUACAUUUGAGAUAUAGGUACUUGACAUUAAUACUUCUGCUUUUCCUUAAUAGUAAAGUCGAAAACAUACGUAUUAUCUGUAGAUACGUAGGUACGCAAACAGUUCCACCAGUUUCUGUUAAGCGCGUCGUACAUCCCAUCCUCAUCUCAGAAUCCUAUAAAUCCUAAAGCAUAAGCAUCCUAUAAAGUAGCCUAGUAAGAGUAAGUAGAACUGACUUCACUAACUAGGAUCAAAUUUUUAGGACGCUAGUUAGGACGACUGAAUUAAGUAGGACAGGUGUGUAAAUACCUACCUACCUACCUACCUAACCAGUGAGUUCUGAGUGUGAGAGAACCCACUGGGAAUACCUACUUACUUUAUUUUCUAAAUAAUUUCAAUGUACUCGUAAUGUUGUUGUUAGAGAACCGGCGCAGAGAUUGCAAAUACAAUUAUUGUACCUACUUCACAUUGACAACGAUUUAUGCCUAAUCUUAUCAUAACAAUUAAAUUAUGAGUGAACAGGAUUAACUCUAGUUCUUAGCUAAGCAAAUAAUGAAAUAUCAUGCGUAUAAUAUUAAUUAACUAGCUUUUACCUGCGUCUUCGGACGGUAAUCUAACCUAACCUGAUUUAUUCUGGUAAUAGUUCGUUUUAGGGGGAACCGUAGUUAGCGUAGUUCUAACCUAACCUACAGUUCUGACAAAAGAAUGAUUUUGUGAAAGGUCGCAGUUUUAACUUAAUCUAACCCUUUUAUGGCAACAGUUCUUUUUCGUGGAAGUCGAUCGCUCAAAUUAGUUUUCUUGGUAAAAAAUCCUACAUUUAGUUGUUUCGGCUCUUGCCUUGAUUAUAAGUCAUAGUCAGUCAGUCAAAUCAUUACGUAUGUUAAGAGUCAUUACGUGUAAUAUAAACAUAUUAGAUAAAACCUCAUUCCUGCUUAGAUAAAAGAUUGCAAUGUUGUUAUAGUCAGUUGAAUACUUUCAGUCAGGAUAGUAGUAAUAGUAGUAUAGUGAAAGUAUUCAUCUGAGGCAUUAAAAGAAAUUGUUGAAGGGUUAACUCUGGCUUAUGAAAUACUAAUACCCAGUUAUUUGAUAAAUAUCCGUGACGUCAUGGUACCUAGUAGUAUCGUGAAAGUAUUCAGCUGAGGCACUACAAGAAAUUUUUGGAGGGUUUACCCUGGCUGAUGAAAUACUAGUUACUAGAUACCUACUCAGUUAUUUGACAAAAUACCCGUGACGUCAGUGAUACGUUGAAUUUAUUUUGAAGCGGGCGGAAAUGUAAAGCAUUCUAGUUAUUAGUAAAUCGUAGCUAAACAGACGCGCACUUACAAUUAACGAAUGGAAAAAACUGUGUCUUUAGUUCGUUAUUAAUAGUGAUAAUUUAUAUUUAUUUAUUAAGAUGUCGGAGUCGCGUGAUACGCGUACGUUGAGGUGGCGAGAGUUUAAAAAUGCGUUAACUAUUAAAAAAAUCCUCGAUGCUAGCGAACCGGACUCGAAAUUAUUGAAAUUUCUGUCGACUUUGGAUUUGACAGCUCUUAGUAUAGGAUCAACCCUUGGAGUUGGAGUUUAUGUGAUUGCUGGAGAUGUGGCAAAGAUCCAUGCAGGUCCCGCUGUGGUUGUGUCAUUCCUUAUCGCAGCUAUGGCAUCUCUGCUGGCCGGGCUGUGCUUUGCCGAAUUCGGCACCAGAGUACCGAAAGCAGGUUCUUCGUAUGUUUACACCUACGUAACAAUUGGAGAGUUUUUGGCAUUUAUUAUUGGAUGGGCACUUAUCCUUGAAUAUGUGAUUGGCGCUGCAAGUGUUGUCCGGGGACUAAGUAGUUAUAUAGAUGAAUUUAAUAACAAAACUGUAAGCAAUGCAUUCAAAUCAAUUGUUACAAUUGAAGUUGAUUAUAUUUCACCUUACAUCGACUUUCUUGCUUUUGGAAUCACUGUUGCAUUUUCGGUGGCUUUGGCAUUGGGCGCAAAAGAGUCGUCUGUAGCAAAUAACAUUUGCACAUUGAUUAAUUUGACAAUAAUUUUAUUUGUUGUAAUCGCUGGCUUAUUUAAAGCUGACAUUGCAAAUUGGAGAAUAAAUGUGGACGAAUUACCAAAACUCGAAGGCGUCAAUUAUGGGUCAGGAGGAUUCGCUCCUUUCGGAGUAAUGGGCAUCCUUUCCGGUGCUGGUGAAUGUUUUUAUGGGUUUAUCGGUUUUGAUUGUAUCGCGACCGCAGGGGAAGAGGCUAAAAAUCCGAAGAAAUCAUUACCGAUUGCUAUUGUUGCAUCUUUGUUAGUGGUUUUCUUUGCUUAUUUUGGGAUCUCGUCGGUCCUGACAACAGUUCUCCCGUAUUACGACCAAAAUACCAAGGCACCUUUUAUCUACAUGUUUGAAUCAGUCGGCUGGAACUGGGCCACUUACGUUGUGAGUGUUGGUGCAAUUUUUGGUUUAACUGCGAGUUUAGUCGGUGCAUUGUUCCCGUUACCGAGAAUCAUUUAUGCAAUGGCAUCUGACGGUUUAUUGUACAAAUGGCUAGGAAACGUAAAUGAACGAUUCCAGACUCCGAUGGUUGGAACUUUGUUAGCCGGACUUUUGACGGGAACCAUUGCAGCAUUUUUUGACGUAAAUCAUUUGUCGAAUAUGAUGAGCCUAGGUACUUUGUUCUCCUAUUCAAUAGUGGCUGCCUGUGUACUCAUUUUAAGGUACAAAAACGAUGGGGCGCCCGAGAACAAUUUAGUUGAAGAAACUCUGACAGUAAAAAAUAAAGCAAGGCAGUUGAUAAAUGCCAAUAAUUUAGUAUUUCCAACAAAACAUACCUCAAAAAUAGUAUCGUGCCUUGUCACAAUUUUCGUUGUUGUUAGUUUUUUAUCUGCGGGUGUCAUCAGGAAAUUUGGCGAUAACAUAAUCAACAGAGAAGCAUGGGCAAUAAUUUUAAUUGUUGUUUUGAUCCUGGCCAUGGUUGCCCUUCUGGUAGGCAUAAACGCUCAGCCAAAAUCUCUCAAGGAACUCCCAUUUUCCGUGCCAUUAGUACCUUUUCUGCCAGCAACGAGUAUCUUCAUAAACUUCAAUUUAAUGUGGGGUUUGAACGCUAUCACUUGGGCACAAUUCGGAGGUUGGAUGAUAAUCGGUUUCUUCGUCUAUUUCACGUACGGCAUCAAAAACAGUAUUCAUAAUGCAAAGUCAACUGCUAGUCUGGAGAAAGUAGAGAAUCGUGCCAUUAAAUAAUUGAAAAUAUUUUUUUAUACCAUGUCGGUCGCAAACAAGCAUACGGCCCGCGCAGUCACCGUAGCCCAUCGACGCCUGCAACUCCUAAGGUGUUACAUGCUCGUUUCCAACCCUUUAAAACCAUUACAGUGUACAUUAAUUUUUAACAAGCAGUAACGUCUGCGAACGAUGCUAUUAAGCUUAGAAUAAAUUUAAAAGUGAAAAAAUUACUGUCUUGGGUGAGACUUGAACUCACGGCCUCUGUAGUUUAAGACAGUAAUUUUUAAUUUAUUCUAAGCUCAUUACAGUGUACACUCGAGAAAACCUCGGCAUCGGGCUCAAUCCACAGCCGGAGUUUUUAAACCGAACAGUGCGCGAUUAUUUAGGGUCACCAUGCCGACGGCGAAAGGUGCGGUGAUAGAAAGCGGCAGUUUGCAUCAUGUCAAAUAAUUAUUCAGAGCACAGCGCAUGUCUUCAGAACACAGCCCAUUGUACAAGCGGUAGAACACACACACAAGGAGGCAGUCUCUCCUUAGACUUCAAGGUUCAAUGCCGCUUGUGAGUUUUACAACUACGAAUUGUUUGAUGUACAGUCGACAUCAAUAGUAGAUAGUAGUGGAUAAAAGGACGCGCCAAAGGUAUCUGCCGCCCUGGAAUACUUUUCCAAAUGGAGAUUAGAGCUAUAUCUCUACAGUUUGCGUUCAAAAGUAUCUGCCACAGUGUAAUUGUUCUACACAUAGAGAUAAAUUUCUUCUUGUUAAGUUAUUAAAGAAUGGUAUACUUAGUGUAAUGUUGUUCGUGAAUUUUUACCGCAAAGGAAGUUACAAAAUGAUCCGUGGUCGUGAUGUAUAGCAUCACACAAUACUUUUACGCGUAGUCUGAGGGCCUUGCGGGGAUCGUUCUCUUUCACUCCAAUGGAGGCGUUAAUAGUGACAGGGAAAGAUGCCCGCAAUAGGGUUGUUUCCAUCUACAAAUCUUAGGGCAGAAUUGUAUCCCAAUAAAUUCUUUUGGAUUAUAAGAACAUGUUAAACUACUUGGGGACCUAUAAUGACCAUAUUUUUGUAGGUAAAUAUUGAAUUUAAUAUAUCUUUUGGCACACGUCACGUGACUAAACUCGAAACGUCAUUGAAGAUUCUGAUGACGUCACAACUCUCGGAUUGACAGUUAGGCGAUAAACAACAAAUGACAAAUGUCAGUUGACAGUGUAUCUUCUACGUAUGUAUGUAGUUGUGUCAAACCGUAAACUGUGACGUCACACAAUUUUCAAAGAGCGUUUUGGGCGCGAAAGCAUCUGUCAAAAUAUAUUUUAUUAAUUUAACAUAUUUAAAGCCGUUUUUAGUAUAAAAGUUGAAUUUUAGGGCAACUUUUAGUUAAUGUAGAACGUAAUACAAGCGUUUCAAAAAAUUGGAAACAACCCUAUUUACGACCUUCGAUGUUCGAGGUUAUACCCUUUUCCGCUACUUUUGUUGCUGACUAUUAGUUUAUUAAACACAUUGUUGCCACAAUCUUGACAUACCUAUUUAUCGGUCUGUAAUUUUUAUUAAAUAUGGCUCUCCGACUAAAGUCGGAUUACAAAUUCUACAGUAUUUUAAGAAUCUGUUAAUUUCAAUUGUAACUUAAAUAUGUAUGCAGUAUAAGUGUCAGUUGUGAAUUUUAUGAUUCUAUUAGUAAGUAGUUUUAAUUCAUACUUCGUUCGCGUUAAGAAUGCAAUAAAAGCAUCAUUGUCCGCCGGCCUAGCCACGCCCGUAACCAUUCAAAUCGUUUCUAAUCAGAAAAUCAAGUUCACAGUGACCAGUUGAAGGCAUAGGUAUUUUCUAAUUAGGAACGGUUUGAUUGGUUACGAGCUUCACCAGGCUGGCGGCCAAUGAUGAUCUUACUGCAUUCUUAACGCGAACGAACUAUAGAACAGCCAAACUAUACUUUAAAUUCACCGCAAAACCUCUUUAGCAACCACCUGCGAUAAGUGUUAAGUAGACUUGUAGUAUGUUAAUUUUGUUACGAAUUUAUAAAUAAAAUAAAAGAUCUUAUUGAAA